AUGCUCUCCCGCAGUGUACCCCGUCUACUCCGUGCUAGCUCGACUAUCCGAGCCUCCUCAUGCACCUCUAGCACUACCCGCCAAGCCGUGGUUCCCCUCUGCCGCAGCUACCCAGUGCAUCCGCGGACAUUCACCUCUUCCGCAUUCUUCUCAAAGGGCAUCCAGCCUGACUCGGAGAACCCCCGGCCAUCGAAUCCUGAGAGUACACCUAUUGCUGGCUUAGGUGCACAUGUCACUGAGCCGUCGCCUCUGACACCGGAAGAAUACCACGAGUACUCGGAACACUAUUUCAAUGUUCUCCUCGGGGAGCUAGAGAAGGCACAAGAGGAGGGGUCAGAUGUGGAGGCAGAGUACAGCGCUGGUGUGCUCAACAUCACCGUUCCUGCAAUCGGCACCUACGUCCUCAACAAACAACCCCCCAACAAGCAAAUCUGGCUCAGCUCGCCCAUCUCCGGCCCCAAGCGGUUUGACUGGAUUGUCGAGGGUGAUCGCAUAUACGAGAAGCAGGACUCGCGCCCAUUCGUGCACGGCCAAUGGAUCUACUUGCGGGACGGAUCAAACCUGACGGAGCUUCUGAACACGGAAUUGACGCUGCAGCUUCCCAAGGAUAUCUAUGGUGAGGGUGCGGAU